AUGGGCAAUUUUUUUUUCCUGAUUCCAUCGACGAGGUUGGCCUACUAUCGGUAUCAUUGGCUUCCCCUUCUCCAUCCUCCUCCCACUAUUCCUUGUGGAAUGGCCUUAGAGAAGACUCGCUAUCUGUUUAAAUGUCUAUGCCGCUUUAACUUCCAACCUCUUUAUGGCGGUCAACACGUCUUUAUAGCCAUUUAUCUCAUGAUUGACACUUGUUCGCACCUCCUCUUUCGUGACGCGGUCGGCUUCCUCAUUCUACAUCUGUAUCACUUUUCUGUCUUCUUUUUCGUUUCGAAACUCUACUCUCGUACCACUUUCUUUCCAUUACAGUUUCUUUUUCCAUUAUUCUUUACUUGUUUUUUCUUUUGCUUCGUAUUCACUUUUUUGUCUUUUCUUAACAUUUACAUUCAGCAUAUUUUCUUCCUUCUUCUCAUCAUUUUAUUCUGUUUACAAAUUUUUCUUUUUUAUCUUUUCUUGUUUUUCUUCUUUCUCUUUCCGUUUAUUUACAUUAUCCUCAUUGCUAUAUUUUCACGAUAUCUUCCUCCCCCUCUUUAUUUCAUUGUUGGAAUACACUACCAAUGUAUACGUUUUAUUCAGAUUUUCACAAUAUUCUAUAUUUUCUGGCAUAUUCUUUUGUUCGUUUCCCUUAAUUACUAUUCCACAAAUUCCGAUGAAAUAUUCGAUAUUUUCUAUUUCCUAUUUAAUUCAUCUGCCCUCUCUCGCUUUACUGAUAUUACUACUAAUUAUUAUUCGAAGCCCAACCACCAUAACGUGUACUACUCUUUUUGCUACUAUUGCUUCUACUUCUAG